AUGGAUGUUAUCGAUAGCAUAAAAAAAGAUAAAGCAUACGUAAAGUGUAAGUUAGUUGUUAAAACAUGGGAAAAAGAUUUCAAAUCAAAAUACAGCCGUACGCCAUCGAAAUUUGAUAUUAAAGAGGCACCUUUAAAAAUUAAAUAUGCUUACAAGAAAUAUUUCCAGUUAAAAAGUACUGCUUUGCGAGACACACUGUCUAUCUGUGAUAUUGAUGAUGAUUGUAAUCUAUCGCCAGAACCUGUGCGGCCAGUGGAAACAAUAAUAAGUGACUCUUUGUGUUCUCCACCAGAGCUACCCAGUGGCCCUGAAUUACAGAAUUUGUUGUCUCAAACAACCAUCACACAAGAAAAUAUCAAAACCUUAACCCCUUUUACAGAAAAUCUUUCUAAAAAACUGUUUCGGAACAAAAAAUUUGCCUUAAGAAAUCCCAGGAAGUUAAUAGUAUCCAAGUCACAAUCAACAGUAGAAAAUAAAUCACUGAACCUUAGCCAUGAUAUUGCUGUACCUCUUAACUGUGACAGUGUUAACAUAAACCCUAUUAAUUUGGAUGGAUAUAGCCAUGAAACAGUAGACUCAGAUGAGGUGUGUAAUGUUCAAAAUAGUGAAACUGUAAGCCAAAAAAUUACUACAUGUACAGAUGAGCCUAUCAAACAGAUAAUUGAUUUAAACAUUGAGUCUAUAUCUGUAACUAAUUACUUCACAAAUUGUUCAUCAAAUAUUUUUACUAGAAAAUUAGAUAAUGCAUGGAUCGAUAGAGCUACAGGAUCAGUUCCUGGAAAUAGUCUAGCUGCUGGUGGAACUCUCAAAUAUGGAUUAAGAAACAUAAAACUUGACACAGCAGAUAAACAUUCUGACUUUGUUGAAAACAGUGCAUCUGAAGAUGAAGAUAUGGUGAUUGAUAAAUUGAAGCCUGCUCUUAAAAAAAGAAAACUUGAUUAUGACAUGACUUAUUCUCAGAAUAAACACAAACCAAGUAAUGAAAGUAAUGAAAUUUCUCCUGAACGUGUUUGUCAACCAUUAAAAACUUCAAACUUUAACGGAAAACAUAUUCCAAAGAAAAGUACAAGUAGAAGGAAGAACACAAAAGUUAGUACUAAAGAUGAUGAACAAGAACCACCUGAUCUUAGAGAAUAUUUGCCUUUUGGAUUAGAAAAAGACAUUCAGCCACGUCACUCUAAAAUUACUAAUGUUUUGAAAAAUGUGACAGCACUUGAUAAUGUUGAUGCACAUACUGACUGUGGAGAAAAUAAGAGUCUUGAGAAUAAGAUUAAAAAUGGCACAUUAAAUGAUAACUUUGUUAAAAUUAAUAUUGAGAAAAAGGUCUUUGUUCGUGGAAAGAAAAGUAUGAAUUAUUCAAAGUAUAAGAAACAACAAUGGAAAACAAAAAAUAGUCUUCAUGGUGGUAUGGAAUUUCCUGAAUCUGGCAAAAUUUCCUGUUUUAAAUGUGGAGAUUCUGGACAUAUGGCUAGAUAUUGCAGAGCACAUAAAGGUGAGACACUUCUACCACUUGAUAGUUAUAGAGAAGAUGAAAUACCAACAUUAGAAGAUAUGCAAAAACUUGCAUCUGAUCCUUCUUCUAGUAAACAGUCUGUAACUGAAGAGUUGCAAGAAUCUGUUUAUAGUUCUACUCAAAUUCCGGACUCUUUCUUAAAAAUGUUAGCUGAAUCGAAUGAAAGUGAUAGUGGUAGUAUUAAACCAAUUUAUAAUGAUUACAAUGAUGACAUGUCAAGUGACUUAAAAAAGGCACUUCAAAUGUUUGGACAUGAAACAUUUAGGCCAGGUCAGGAACACUCCAUAAGGCGUAUAUUAUGUGGAAUGUCUACUCUCCUACUAUUAUCAACUGGAGGUGGCAAAUCACUCUGUUAUCAACUACCUGCUUACAUCUAUAGUCAGCAUUAUAAAUGUAUAACUUUAGUUAUCUCCCCAUUAGUUUCUUUAAUGGAAGAUCAAGUUUUAAAUGUACCUGAUUUCUUAAAAGCAGGAUGUUAUCACAACAAUCAAUCUCAGACUCAGCGUCGUAAAAUAAUGGAGUGUUUAAAAGAGGGCUUGUUAAACAUUCUUCUCAUAUCACCUGAAGCUUUGGUGGCAGGGGACUCAUCCAAUGGAUUGUCAAGCCUUUUCAAAUCCUUACCUGCAAUUUCAUUCGCUUGCAUUGAUGAGGCCCAUUGUGUGUCACAAUGGAGUCAUAACUUUAGGCCAAGUUAUUUAAUGAUCUGUCGUGUUUUGAGGGAAAAGUUAAAUGUAAAAUGUAUACUUGGUCUUACUGCUACAGCAAGUCAAACAACCAUUAAAAGUGUGAUAAGUCAUAUUAAUAUACCUGAUGGUGUCAAUGGAGUUAUUAGGAAUCCUGCUCUACCAGACAAUCUGUUUUUGUCAGUUUCUAAGGAGAAAGAUAAGGAUAGAGCUCUUGUGUCCUAUUUGUUAUCAGAAGAAAUAGCCUCAUUUAAUUCUAUUAUAGUAUAUUGUAUUAGAAGGGAUGAAUGUCAACGUGUUGCAGCCGUACUAAGAUCUUGCCUACAAGAAAGUGGUAAAAUUAAUAUGGAGAGCAAAACUAACAAAAGAAAAAGAAUGUCAUAUAUAGCAGAGACUUAUCAUGCUGGCAUGUCUGCUGCACAACGAAAGAAAAUACAAAAGCAUUUUAUGGAUGGUACACUAAGAAUAAUAGUUGCAACAGUUGCUUUUGGAAUGGGUAUCAAUAAGUCAGAUAUCAGAUGUAUAAUCCAUUAUAAUAUGCCAAGCAGUUUUGAAUCUUAUGUACAAGAAGUUGGGAGAGCUGGGCGUGAUGGAAAGCCAGCAUUUUGUCACUUAUUAUUGAGUAAUAAUCAAAAUGAUAAAAAUGAACUUUUGAAGCACAUAUAUGCAAAUUCUAUUGAUCGACCAACUAUUCGAAAAUUACUUGCUAAGGUUUUUGUGCCAUGUGAAUGUACUAAAUCUAGUGAUCUGUCUAACAGUUACUGUAAGGGUCAUGAAGUUGGAAUUCCUAUUGAUGCAACGGUUGAGGAACUAGAUGUACCUUCAGAAAAUAUUGCUACUUUACUAUGUUAUGUUGAACUUCAUCCUAAACAAUAUGUUAAGGUACUUAAUAAUGCUUACAUAAAUUGUAAAAUUUCAUCUUAUGGGGGACCAAAAAAAAUUCAUGAAGCUGCAAAAUCCUGUCGAGCUUUAGCUAUGGCAAUUUUAUUAGAAAAUAAAAAGGAUCCUGAUACUAUGACAAAAACUGUUUUGGAAUUUAAUGUUAUUGAAGUAGCUGCUGCAAUUGGUUGGGAGAGUGGUAUAACUAAAUAUCAACUGAAGAAUUUAGAAUGGACCACUGAAACAGGUAUAUCUCAAAGAUCAUUUUUAAAAGUUGAAUUUAACACCCUCGGUUUCCGAAUAAGAGCAAGGGGAGAUUUGAAUGCUACAGAACUUGAUAGUAUUUUAGAUGAUUUACAUUGUACUGUUAUUUCACAAGAAAAAGCAAAAUUAUUUCAAUUAGAAGAAUGUAACAUUGCUUUUCGUAAUUUAGGAAGUUGUUCCUUAGAAAAUACACUGUUGUCUAAAGAGUGUAUAUUAAAAACUUCUAAUAAUUUAAAAAAUACAAUAAACCAAUAUUUUGAAAGAGAGAAUUUGCCUGAAUAUACAUUAGAAGAGAGGCUAUUAGAUGUUGAACGGGUCACAUCAGAUGUGAGAGCUUUAAUAUUAUCAUACAAAGAUUGUAACUUCUCUGGAAGAAGUAUUGCAAGAAUUUUUCAAGGUAUUUCAUCUCCUAAUUAUCCGGCAAUUGUGUGGGGUCGCUGUAAGUUUUGGAGAUCUCAUUUACAUGAAGAUUUCAAUGGAUUAGUUAAAAUAGCAACACAACAAAUAAUUCAGAUGAAAUAA